AUGUUUCUCUCAGUGAUCACUCCUGCCAUUCUGGGCCUAGACUAUGGCACUUUCAAGGGCCGCAACGAUCUCCUCACGAGUACGACCAGCUUUCUAGGCAUGCCCUUUGCGGUCGCCGGCCGCCUUGAGAACCCUCGUUUGAUAGGACCUCAAGACAAACUGUCUGGCGAGCAAGACGCGACAGACUACGGACCAGCUUGUCCUCAGCAAGAGCUUGUCGCCUCUCCCCUCGAGCAGGGCAAUGCAGAAGUGGGUGAGCUACUUGGUCUGAUCGAAGCUACAGUCCUGCCAAACAUUACCAGACAGGCAGAGGACUGCUUGAGUAUCAAUGUUCAAGUACCAAAAGGCAUCAAAGAUACUUCGAAACUACCUGUCUUGAUGUGGAUCCAUGGCGGUGGCUUUGAACUGGGGUCUUCAGGCUCUCUGGGCUCGGAAGCUACAGCCUUGCAAGGUGUCAUAUACCAGGGUGCGAAUCUCGUACAGCGCAGCAUCGACAUGAAACAGCCCGUGGUGUUCGUCUCUGCCAACUACCGCCUGAACUUCUUCGGGACCCUGGCAUCGAAGGAGGUCACAGAUGCUGGCAUCGCCAACCUCUUCUUGAAAGAUCAGGAUGUUGCUUUCGCCUGGGUACAGAAAUAUAUCUCGAAAUUUGGUGGUGACCCGUGGAAGGUCACGGUCUUUGGCGAAUCUGCUGGAGCCAUGUCCACGACUACGCACAUGGUCUUGAAGAAUGGCGAUGUCAGUGGCAAGUUCAGAGGCGCUUGGGUGUUCAGUGGCCCGGUUCGCAAAGUGCUUGACUACACUCAUGCACAGCCAAUAUUCGACCGUUUGAUGGGACGAAUCGGCUGCGGUAAUGCCGGUGACAAAUUGUCUUGCGCAAAGGCGGCCCCUUACGAGAGCAUUUACGCCGCUGUUCAAGGCGAGACAAACUUUCUCUCCUAUACUGCGACCUUGGUACCAUGGUAUCCGCGACCUGAUGGCGAGUAUCUCGUCGACGAUCCAGCUAAGCUCACAGGCGAGGGCAAAGUAGCCAACAUCCCAUUUGUCAUUGGCAACAUGGUCGACGAAGGCACGCUAUUCUCGUUGGUCAAUCAGCUCAAUGUGACCACAAACCAGGACAUUGUCAAUUACUUCCAGGAGGUCUAUUGUCAAGAGACUCCGCGAAGCCUCAUCGAAGAGCUCGUCGGUCUUUACUCUGAUGACCCAGCUGAAGGUUCUCCCUACGACACCGGUCUCAACAAUCAACUGGGUCCCAAGUACAAGAAGAUUGCGAGUAUGAUUGGAGAUUAUACUUUCACCUCAGGCCGUCGGACUCUGCUGAACGUCACUUCGACCCGCCAAAACACCUGGUCCUACCAAAUCAAGCAGAGCCUACCUCUUCUCGGUCAGAUCUCGCUCUUAAAUCCACUCCAGGUCUCCAACCUCCCCAUUCUAGGCUCUUUCCACAUUUCAGACGUGGUCCUCAACGCAUUCGGCACCAUCCCCGCUGCACUGAGAAAGAACACUCUCAACAUCAUGAGCAGCCUCGUGCAGUUUGCGAACAACCUCGAUCCAAAUACUCAAGGCCUUGGCCUGCCCACUUGGCCAAAGUACAAUCCCAACCAGCCUCAGCAAUUUCAAUUCCGUGAGGACGGAUGUCGUAUUACUGACGAUGGGUAUCGCAAGACGCAAAUGGACUUCCUGGAGAGAAAUGCUGCUCAAUUGAGGGCUUGA